AUUUUUCAGUCUACAGUCGUUUUAUUCAAACGACCUCUGCUGAGGACCACAGUUCUGCUCCUUAUUAUCAACUUUGCUCUGGCUUUCGGUUACUACGGCCUGUUUAUGUGGUUUCCGGAACUGUUCAGUAGAAUUGAGAAAUACGGAGGCAGCUUUUGUGAUACUGGUAACUCUACGGGAAACAGCACCGACUGCGAGCCACCUAGUGAUUUUAUGUACGUGGAGAGUUUCCUCACCUCCAUCUCCAACUUGCCCGGAAACAUUCUCAGCAUACUCAUUGUGGAGAGGCAUGGUGUUCUCUCUGGGGUCUCCGUCUUCUUCCUGUGGUUGGUGAAGACAAACUGGCAGAAUGUGCUGAUGUCUUGUAUAUUUUGGGGAGGACCGUGUCUGUCUCGUGGCUUCAAACAUGCUGGACGUCCUGCAGACGGAACUCUUCCCAACAGACGUCCAGAGUCAACUGCAUUUGGGUUCCAGACGGAAAAAACGGGGUCACUGAGAGUGGGAGCAAUCUGGGCAAUAAUCAUCUUUGGGGAACUGGUGGACCUGCACUGUGCCAUCCCUAGUUGCUUGUUAGCUGUUCUGCUGGCCUUCGCUGGGCCUGGCCAGUCUCUGGCUGCUGCCAAUACAACUGGUGUUGAUAUACAUUAG